GACCUUCUGUUAUGGAGAAGAGUCAUGACCCAUCCCCCCCGAGUAACCUCUUGAAAUUCCUUAAGUCCAGUGUUGGAGUGCGUUCGUUAGAGAUGGCGAUGGAGAAUUUCAAGCAGUUCCUGUUCGCUCUGUCCGCAGCUGUGUCGGUUGGUUUUGUGUCGAUAAUUUUUGUUUUGAGAUGGGUAUUCUACUUCAGGGAAGGUUUAGCAUGGGAUGGAGGACUGGCCGAAUUCAAUUGGCACCCUGUUUUAAUCGUUACUGGGUUCAUUUUUAUGCAGGGAAUUGCCAUUGUCGUGUAUAGGUUGCCAUGGACCUGGAAGUGCAGCAAGUUAAUGAUGAAGUUUAUUCAUGCUGGCUUAAACAUACUGGCCUUCAUUUUCGCUGUCAUAUCUCUGGUAGCAGUAUUUGACUUCCACAAUGAACAAAACAUCCCCAACAUGUAUAGCCUGCACAGCUGGGUGGGGCUAGCAGCUGUGAUACUAUAUUCACUACAGCUUGUUCUGGGAGUGUGUAUAUACUUGAUACCCAUCACCCCGAUAUACCUGAGAGCAGCAUUUAUGCCCCUGCACAUCUACAGUGGACUGUUCAUCUUUGCCAGUGUCAUAGCCACAGCACUUAUGGGCAUCACAGAGAAACUCAUUUUUGGCCUGAAAGAUCCCAAGUACAAGGACUCUCCCCCAGAGGCCAACUUUGUAAAUGUGCUGGGAGUACUGAUAGUAGUUUUUGGAGCAAUCAUUCUCUGGAUCGCUACUCGGCCCUCUUGGAAACGCCCAAGUGAGCAGGUCCUGCGCUCCCUGCCAACUUAUGGGGGCGGGUCAGCUGGCACCAAAAUGGGCACUGCCCUGUCACAACAAACUGACCCGAUUGACCCCGAAGGCAAUGGAGAUGCCAGGAGAAGGAGUGGUAAAUUGGAGGACUCAGGACAGGUCAACUGAGUAACAUGAAAACCAACUGCUGGUUCUGUCUGUCUGUUGAUGCUUUAAAACGUUGCAUGGAUCUACUGUUCUGGCAGUCCCAAAGCAAAUGUAAACCUUUGUAUUAACCUUUGUCCCAAAUAGCACCUUGAGGAAUUGUUCCCAACCAUUCCAGAAUGUUGACCUUUAAACAGUUUUUUAUAUUUUGUAAUUUUUACAAAUAAAUUACACAGUUCAAUUUGAUAUCAUUGAAUGUAAUAAAUAAAGGAUUAAACUAGCCUAUUGAAGAUUAGACAAAUAAUAAUCAAAUACAUAUUCCUUACAUUUUUAUAGCUUUUAUAACGAUUACAUACUGUAUUCUUCAGUGUUUUUAUUUUCAUUUAAGGGAGGAAUUACAGAACCAACACAUCUUUAGGGAAGGGAUCAUCAUUGAUGUGAGAGGUGAAUCUAUUAUAAUCCAAAAUAUAUAAUGUAAUAUUACAUAUAGGCCUACCUAAAGGCAAUAUAGGUAAACCCAAAGUUCAUCAUUACUUUGUUCAAUGCACUAUGUACCUGGAUUUCAUACAGUGAGGAAUUCAUGAUUUAUGCAUAAAAUUAAAGCAUAUUUUACAAAUGA